AAUUAUGUUUUUAUUAUUCUUAUUUAUUAUUUCAUUCAAAAGUGAAACUAAUUACUCUGAGAUGACUACUUUUACGAUCACUUCUAGAAUUGCGCAUCAUCAUACUAAUGUCCUUAGUACCUCCGUAGCUCCGUACAGCUAACUGUUACCCAACCGCCACACGCGCUGAACCGCGUCCUCACUGCGCCAAGCGUCUUUUGAAAGUACCUACCAGCAGACCCAAACACUCUACAUCAUGCGCGCGCGCAGGCCAAUCUCCACCUUAACCCUACGCAAUACGCCAGCACACCGCCAGCCAGAAGAGAAAGUGAGGAUCACGUUAGAAGCGAACACACACGCUCAAGCUGCCAGUGUGUUCAACUUGACUAGUCGAGUCUGCACCAAAACUUUCUUUAACCCACUUUCUUAUUGUCGGUGGCGUCGAGAUCGCGUCUCGUAGUGCAGUGCGCGGGCUGUGCGCCGCCGGUGUGUCCCCCCAUGUCCCUCCCGUGCUCCCGGAGCGUUGGUGGUGAGGGAAGUGCGGUUGCUCAACUGUGAAGUGAUCAAGUGGUUUUUUUUUUUCCGCCGAGCCAUGUGCGACAUGCAGAACUUGCCGAGUAGGGAGGAUGAUUGUGAGGAAGAGGAGGGAGACAUGAACUUCGCGUUCACGUCGGCCGGCGCCAGCGGGCUGAACUUCGCGCAGUUGACCAAUGGGCAGCUGCCGGUGGCCAAGCUGCAGCAGAAUGUGGCCAAUAGCGGCGCCACGUUGCAGCAGGUGGUGCAGAUGGUGGGCGCGGACGGCGUGCAGUACGUGCGCGCGGUGGACGGCGGGCUCUCCGCCGCGCCGCAGCUCAUCACGCUGCCCAUCGCGCUGCCCGGAGCCAAGCCCGGUGACCCCCAGCAGCAGAUCCAGAUCCAGGUGCUGAACCCCAACCUGCUGCAGCAGCAGCAGCCCAAGUACCAGAUGCAGAUCCCCAUACAGGGCCUGCAGGGCUUCCAGCAAGGAGGUGCAGUUCUAACAGUGGCCUACACUCCUGAAGGAAACGACGGCAGCAUGCAGCUGAUAGGAAACGCAUUACCUGAAGGUCUUCAACUGAUAGCGAUGCCUCAGGAGAUGCAGAUGGUGCAGACACAACAACACACAGAAAACAAGGAACAGAUACAGAUCAUGCAGCAACCGCAGGUGUUCAUAACGCAGAACCAGGAGAUCAUCAUCAACAACGGCGAGCACAAGAUGGAGUCCAACAACAACGAGGCCACGCACCGCAUCAUCAUCAAGGAGGAGUGUGAUGAUACUAAUGAUGAUGAGAGCUCACAAGGCACAGACGGCGCGGGCGACAACAUGGCGUGGCAGUCCACCAACAACCAGGACCUCAUCAACUACCUCAACAAACUGCCGCCACAGCAAGCGCAAUCACUACCGGUCUCCCUACAACAGUUCCUCAAGCUGAACCCCAUAGAGCAGGACAAGAAGCCGAUGGAGACGGCCAGCAAGCCGCCCGUGCUGCACAUAGAGAUCAACCCGCACAUAGAGACGGAGGAUAAGAAGCCGCUUGAUAUUACUGAGGCGAUACUUGGGGAAGACGGCACCCUCAGAAUAAAGAAGAAGAAGAAAUACAAGAAGAAGCCCCCGAAGCCGGCCAAACCGAAGCCGGGCCAAGUCAUCAUCACACAAGCAGACGAUGGGUCUCCCAUCUACUGCUGUCCGGAGUGCUCCAUGGCGUACCCGGAAAAGGAACAGCUGGAGAUGCACCUGUCUGUGCACAAGGUGGAGAGACGGUUCAUCUGUGGCAUUUGUGGCGCUGGCCUAAAACGCAAGGAGCACCUAGAACGGCACAAGCUCGGCCACAACCCGGAGCGGCCGUACGUGUGCUCCGUGUGCUGCAAGGGGUUCAAGCGCCGCGAGCACCUCAACCUGCACACCGUCAUACACUCCGGCGUCAAGACGGAGAUGUGCCAGCAGUGCGGGAAAGGUUUCUACCGCAAGGACCACUUACGCAAGCACGCGCGGUCGCACGAGCGCGGCCGGCCCCGGGACGAGCCCGCGCCCCCCCCGGCCCCCGCCCCCGACAACCACACCACCGAGAUCACUAUACAUGUACCAACGAGCGGCAACAUGCAAGUGCCCGUCCAAAUAAACAUCCCGCAACACGUGGUGACGUCACUGCAGCAGCAGCAGGCGCUGUCGUCGUCGGCCAAUCAGACCUCGCUGGACGCACUCCUCGCGCAGCACUCGUGACAACAGCGGGCCGGAUAGAAGGAGGUCGGCACGCGAUCAAAGAAGGUUACAACACUGGCCGGUUGGAAAUUAUCUAUAGAAAUAAAAACUAAACUUCCGUUCGCUGAUUGGCAGAGCUUGUGGUUCGCGGCUAACUUGACGAUGCUCUCCGCCAAUGAAUGUUUUGUAAAAAUGUUUUCGAACUUGCGUUCUGUAACGUCUGAGAUGGUUGUAAGUAGAUAGAAUUCCGCACAAAAUGAUUAAAUUUGAAUCUUAGAAAGCGUCUUCACAGUCUGUCAAGGAGUGUUGAGGCUAAACAUGGUUAAUCUAUUUCUUUUAGUUGUGAUUACAGUGAUCAAAUCAAUAAUAUAUAUAGCUUAAACAAGUUACGAUCAUGGUAUUACGCUGGAGUAACCACCUUUACUUUUGUAAUUACUUCACUGAUCGCUAUCGAAUUGUCGUAAGUGAAUCACUGGAACUUCAUCAAGUUAACAGUGUCUAAAUUUAUACCACUUUUGGUGUUAUAAAUUUUAAUCGUAGCAUACAAAUUUGUAUGCUACGAUUGAAUUUUACAGCAGGUAGAUUAGAUAAAAUAUGAAGAAUGGUAUACUAAACAUCACUCUGCGAUCUAGUAUUUUAACCGUUAGGUACCGCUACUUCCAAAUACACAAAUUGUGAAAAUUGUGAGAAGCACAGAAACAGCUCUGAAAUGAUUGUAAUGAGUAUAUGACUGUGUCGGUGAACAUUGUAAAUAAAUAUCAUAAACGCUGUGAUAUUCAUAUCAUUUCCUAAACGUUUAUACUAUGCCGAGAUUAAAAAAGGUACAAGUCUAGAUAGGGAUGAGCCAAGCGUCGUCUUUCCAUCGUUUUAUAUCAUGAACAAUAACAUUUUUACAUCAUUUUGAGGUAAAUGAAGGUGAUUGUAUAUUCUAAAACAAAAUAAUAAUAAUAUAGUAACUUAAUUAUUUCAGAACUAAGGUAAGAUUGGCUAAAAACGAAAUAGGAUUUUUUUGAUUAUCUAUCAGCCAUCACUAUGGCAAAAUUUGUAGUUGUGUUUUUAUUACGAGAAGUGAUUUUCUGCUGUAUUUGCUAAUUAUGGAUUUGUGAAAGUUUCCGUCAGUAUGUGUCCGAAGUAAAAUGAAAAUGUUGUGAUAUAAUCAAUUUUAUACAUAAUAUUUAUAUAUUUAUUCUAUAGAAAAAUUCACCUGCAAGCCUUUCGCCACCUGAUUUUUGUCAGCUUUAAUGUAAAGUAACUGAUUUCGAAUUAUAUUUUUGUAACUAGAUGUAAGUUGUUAGUUUAUAACUAGUAUUAGAAAGAACAUGUCUUAAAAAUGGGCAUUCGCUAAGAUAGGCCGAUUUUUAUUAUCAUCGGCAAUUUUGAUACCUACUCACAUAAAUGUUAUUUGGGCAAUAAAAUGUUGUUAUCAUCAUAGACAGCAAUGUCAUCAGAAUUAUUCCCCAUGUAACUUUUAUCUGACUAUUGACAGUUAUAAGACCUGUUUAUUAUAACAUUGUUACGAUUGAUGCUAGAGGGUCACAUUAGCUUCAUAAAAACGACAGAACGAGGCAUGUCCUGCAAACGGCACGUAUAAUACAAUGAGUCUUCGUUUUUCCUAAGCUAGAGUGACCAUCUUAAAAGGGUUGUACGUAUGGGUGUUGUGGAGGAGCACAACAAACCCUAAUCAAAUCAUAUCUGGUCUCGAUAUCGACAAAUAUUGUUCAGAAGUAAGCUGUGGUCCGAUUAAUUAUAGAUUUAAUGUAAGGUUAGGUUUAUAAAAUAUGGUAAGCUUCACUAGUCGGUUUACUCUUUUGUACCUUGUUUGACCCAGAAAACCCAUAAUGUAUGGAUGCAAUUAAAAAAAAAUAAUGCUGUGUCAGGUGGUGUGUGAGUUUGACAUGGUACAAAAGAAAACGAAUAAUGAAGCCGACUGUACCUAGCUGAGAUACCCCAGGUGUGUGCCCUUUAUCAAAUCUCAUGGUGCUCCUAUCUCCGUUAGUUAGUCAGUAGUUUUGUACAUUCGUGUUUUAGACCGUACUUAUUGUAGGAUAAGCGUAGAAUACAAAUUUGUACUAACCUCUCUGUAUUUCUCAUCAUUAUGAUCAUGUUAUUUAUUUAUUUUUAAGCAUGGAACUGAGAUGCAUGAAUGAAACAAUAUUUUUAUGUUUACAGACGUAAUUUUUUUACACAAGUGAUUACAAGAAUGGUCCUACUGUACCAACUAUCAACUUCCAAAUGGCAAAUUCCCAUCUAAUGAUGUACAGUAACAGAAAUUUAAUUUAUAUUUUGAUUUCCUUUUUUGUUUUGUGGCUAAGUUGAUUUGUAUUUUUUUAUAAGUUACGAUACUUUUUGUAUCACGAAUUUAUACUUCACGACUGUAUGAAUCAUAUAUUACAGAAAAAGCAUCACAUUUUAGAUGCAAUGUGAGAUGAGAUUGAUGCUAUAACUAGCUUCCGUGUAAAAGUGAAAAACUGUGAUUACUAAUAUCUACUUACCUACUUAUGUGAUUCUAUAUACAAAGCCUUUGAGUGUUAUUGUUAUCUAAGAGUAAUCCACAUCCAAAAGAUUGAAUCUUCCUAGAAACAAAGCUCAAUUCACACCAGCACCGCCUCACGGCCUCUAGACGUAUGCUAGCUUGUUAACCUUUUUCUUACGAUAUUAUAAGUAUAAUUUUUAAGAACUUAUUUUAAGUUGAAAGUAUUAGUAACGCUGCAUGGCAAGUGACACGCCAUGAGUUGUAUUUUUUGUACGAAAUCUUAAUUUAUUAAGAAAACAGUAAACUUAUGAGAUUACAAAUAAAAUAUCUUGAUCUUAA